UUUUAUUCGGUUAUCUUGCAGACAGUACUUGUCGCAUGGAAGUGACGUAUUUUUUUUUUUGUCAUGGCGGCAGAAGGCUCGGAUUCAGAAGACCUGAACACCAACGGGCUAAUGGAGGCUCCUUCAGCUCUGGAAGCCAUGGAGGCUGUCCAACUUCCAACAGAGAAGGAAGAGGCAUCAGAGGAGAAUGGUGGAGGAGGAGCCUCUGAGGCUCCAGAAGCAGCAGCUGCGACAUCAUACAACAUGCCUCUGGCAGAGAAUGAGGAGGAAGAAGACGGAGAGUUCCCUGCGGACUUUGACCGACUCUGGAAGCUGGCCCAUGACAAUCCACAGGACUUCUCUAGCUGGACUGACCUACUGCAGUACUGUGAGCAAGAGAGUCACAUGACAGCGUCACGUCGGGCGCUGGUAGCCUUUCUGGCACGGUACCCACUGUGCUACGGAUACUGGAAGAAGUUUGCCGACCUGGAGCGACGUGCUGGCUACACCAACAAAGCUCAGGAGGUGUGUGUUCAGGGUCUGAAGGCCAUUCCCCUGAGUGUAGAUCUGUGGAUCCACUACAUUAACCUGCUACUGGGCACGCUCAACAUGAACCUGCCAGAGUCCUCUCAGCGCAUUCGCAGUGCAUUUGAGGAGGCGGUGACGGCAGCAGGACUGGACUUCCACUCUGACCGUCUGUGGGAGCUGUACAUCGAGUGGGAGAAGGAGCAGGGAGACAUGAAGGCUGCCACUGGAGUCUACGACAGAGUCCUCAGAGUCCCCACUCAGCUGUACAGCAGCCACUAUGAGAAAUUCAAGACUCAUCUUAAUGCCCAUGCGCCCAAGGACGUCCUCUCAGCAGUGGAGUAUGAGGGGUUGCUUGAGGAAUCUAAACAGAGCCACAAGACUGAGAAGUCUGAGUUGGCUGAGGGGGAAGAGGAGUUACCACCUGGGGAAGAGAAGGAACCUACAGAGGAAGAACUGAUUCCGAAAAUGCGAGAGCUCCUAUUGGCUCGCAGAGAGAAGGUGUACCAAGACCUGGAGGGAGAGGUCAGGAAGAGGUGGAACUUUGAGGAAGCUAUCAAGCGUCCAUAUUUCCACGUGAAGCCUCUGGACCGGACCCAGCUGAGGGCCUGGCACUCCUACCUGGACUGGGAGCUCACCGAGCUGGAGGGGGGCGGUGAAAAGGAGGUGAAGACCGAGACCGAACCAGAGGCCAUGGAGGGCCAGGAAGAGGAGGAAAAGGAGGGGUCAAAGAGCAGUGAGAUCGUUGCCGGGGGAGACCGGAGGGUACGGAUCCUGUUUGAGCGCUGUCUGAUUGCCUGCGCUCUCUACGAGGAGUUCUGGACCAAGUAUGUUCAGUACCUGGAACCUCAGAGUCUGGACGAGGCGCGGGGAGUGUUUCGGCGAGCCUGUGAGAUCCACCUGGCCCACAAACACACCAUGCACCUGCAGUGGGCCACCUUCGAGGAGAGGCAUGGUGACCUAACAGAGGCACGGCGAGUGUUGGAGGCUCUGGAAACCUCAGUGCCGGGGUUGGCCAUGGUCCGGCUGCGCAGGGCGGGGCUAGAGAGACGGGCGGGCCGGCUAGAUGAAUCAGAAGCUCUGCUCAGGGACGCGGUGGCCCAGGCCAAAGAGACACCUUACCUCCAUGCGUUCUACUCCAUCAAACUGGCCCGGCUGCUGCUGAAGCUCUGCAAGAACCCCAGCAAGGCCCGGGGAGUCCUGCAGGAGGCGCUGGAGAUUAGCCCGGAUGACGGUAAGCUGCACCUGAACCUGCUGGAGCUGGAGGUGUCCGGUGACCCCAGAGGGUCGGCCGAGGGGGUGCAGCAGUGCGUGGCGCGGGCGCUGGCCGCACCCCUCUCCCCACAGACCAAGAUCCUCUUCUCCCAGAGGGGCCUGCAGUACGCUGAGGACUAUGGGACCUCUGUGCAAAGUGUGCUAACAGUCUAUGAGGAGCAUCAGAAGCUACUGAAAGAGCUCGGCAACAAGAAGAGAGUGGCUGAGAACGGAGACAGUGAGGACCCAGAGAAGAUGAGUAAAGGAGAAGAUGGCUCUGCUGUGCCCGCUCCACCACAGGCCCCUCCCACAAUGCCCCAUGUCCCCAUGACGACACCACCUCCACCCAUGAUGGGUGGGGACAUGAGUGCGGUUCAUGCAGGCUAUGGAGGAUAUGGAAGCUGGCAUCAGCAACCACAGUAUGGGGGAUACGGAGGCUACCAGCAAGCCUGGAACUACAAUCAGGGUUACUACCCUCCCAGCUAAGGGGGAAGAGAACUCCUGUGACACACCAACUGACAGCAGGGGUUACCAGAGAUGAUUCAGCAUUGACGACCCAGUGUUCACGUGUUUAAACUCCAUGGAUGCACCCCAAAUGGCACAUUAUGCCCUAUAUAAUGCACUACCUUUGACAAGGGCCCAUAGAGCUCUGGUCAAAAGUAGUGAACUUUGUAGGGAAUAGGGUGCAAACUCAUAUCUUUUAUCAGGAACAGGGGUGGGACCUGUGACGUCUACUACUCGUUUGGUCUUUGAAAAUGUGCUCUUGUACAUUGUUUUAAUGAUAAACUAUUUUUGUAUUCUCUUCUACAUGCAGCCCCUUUCAUUUUAAGCAAAACCAUCUCUCCAUACCUCCUGUAUUAUUGUCAUUCCAGAAGUAUAGGCUAGUAUUUUUUUCUAAUGUACAUAAUGGUGUUUUAUAGUUGUGAAGUCAAAGCUCUUUUCAUUAACGAGCAGGUUAAGAUCAAUCUAUUGUGUCCUUCAUUCAAGUUUCUGCCCAUUCGAGUCCUCCAGACAGAAGAUAGGGAAGCCAUGUUGUAUGCAGGUGUACCAGUGCCUCUGGACUCAGAGGUUAAGUAAAGAAUAAUAACUGAAUAGGUACGCUGUGCUGUACCUAGUGGACAUGUCUAAAACCAACAGCAUCAGUCAUGUUUGGUCAAACUUCAGAGUAGAAAACUGUUAAAUGUUUGGCAAAAUCCACCACACAACUUUAGCCUUUUUUAAUCACUGAGUUUUUGAAAUACCAUUCCAUUUCUGUUGUGUUUUAGUGCAUCCAAUCCAUUGUACUCAAAAAAGGCAUGCACAAAUACACUGCAAAUGUAUGACAAUGUAACUUUUAAUCUUCACUUUUACAUUGUUCAAUAAAACAUUUGAGUGAAGCACAAUGUGCA